UGAGGGUGUACCUAAAAGUCUUAGGUGUAGCCCAAGUAGCCCAAACCCACGUAAACCUCACCUACAAUCAUCCUCACAAGUUAGCACACCCGGCGUACAUUAGCAGCAACUGCUAUUGUUUACUUCUUCCACCUUCUUCUCACCAUGCUUUCCCAUUUCUAUUUUCUUUGGAAUUGCUUUCAAUUUCACCCAAAAUUUUGAUAUUAGGAUUUUUCAAAAAUCAUGAGUUGCGGUGUACGAUUUUGAGUUCUUUAUAGUCUGGAAAGUUUGCUCCUUGAGGAUGAAUUGGUUGCUGGAACGAAGAAAAGAUUGGUUUUUUGAAGAUUCAAUAUUUUUUAGUUUUAAUAUUCAAAUAUGAUUGUUGGUGGAGAUUUAUCAUAACUGAAGUCCAAAAUUAGGGUUUCUAGAGCAAGAUUCAUGGGUUUUGCUGCUUUUAGAAGUUGAUUCAAAUAAAUGGUAUUGGUGUUGUGAACCGAUUAUUAGGUUCUAUUUUCAUCUUUUUUAAUAGACAAAGUCAAAGAUAGGAUAUAUUUUGAUUUUUAGGGAAUCUAAUUCUAAGAAGGGGAAAUUGGUGAUUGCAAGUAGAAAACAGGGUGUUAUUCGGAUCAAAUAAUGGGUUUUUUUCUUUUCGGAGUUUGAUUCUGUUAAAAAGGUGGUAUUUGGUGGUUUGGGGCUAGAAAUUAAGGUUCUUGAGAGUGGUGUUUUUCUGGGUAUCAUUUGUGGUUGAUCUUUAAUUGUGCUCAAAUGGAUGACACUGAGGAUGAUGCAAGGUACCCUUCAAACCCGUAUGGUGUGAAUCACCAGCAGGGUUAUGGUUCCUCAAGUCGUCAGAAACUUUCAGUUCGGAAUGCUCCAUAUUCUCAGCCAGUUGGUAAUCAAUAUGUUGAUGUGGAUGAUGAUGAGGAUGAAGAAGAUGAAGAAUUGGGAGAGGAGGAGGAAGAGAAUGAUGAUCAAGGUAAUGGCUUCCGUAAUAUGCACAAAGAUUUGGAAGAUGACGACGAUGACGAAGAUGAGGAUGACGAUGAUGAUGACGAUGAUGAUAAGCAGAAGAGUUAUGGUAGGAAGAUUGAAGAUGUUGAUUUGGAAAGGCACCCGAAGAAGCGGAAGUUGAAGAGUUUGGUUUCUAGUUACGAAUUUGCUCCUCGAGUACCUGCUGCAGCUUCAGCCCUAGUUCCCUUGGCUUCAAAACCAUCGCUUGGUGGCCGGAAUUCGCUAACUGAUUGGACUGAGCGUGAGACAUUUGUUUUACUAGACGCCUGGGUUGACCGGUUUCUUAAUCGUGGGAGGAAGAGUCUUCGGUCUGAGGAAUGGCAAGAAGUUGCAGAGAAGGUUUCAGAAAUUUCAAAAAUUGAAAGGACGGAUACUCAAUGUAGGAAUCGAUUGGAUACACUGAAGAAGAAGUACAAAAAGGAGAAGAUGAAGAUGACGGAAACAGGUUCCGGCACUAGCAAAUGGGUCUAUUUUAAGAAGAUGGAUAUGUUGCUAUCUUCACCCCCCCAGCCAGCAGGCCUCUCUUGUGGUUUGGACUCAGGGGAGUAUGUAUUCAUGAAUCCUAGGGUUUAUGUGAACCGUGCAAAUGGUUUGGAAGAAAUGAAGGAUAGUCCUGGGAAUUCAGAAUCUACUGAUGGUGAGGAGGAUGAUUCGGAUGGACUUCCACCCAAAAAGAGGAAGCUUGGAAGGGUCAGUGAUGAGGGGUCUUCCUUUGGAUUGCUUGCUGAUUCCAUUCACAAAUUCAGCGAGAUAUAUGAGAAGAUUGAGAAUAGUAAAAGGCAGCAGAUGGUGGAGCUAGAGAAGAUGCGAAUGGAUUUUCAUAGGGACUUAGAGAUGCAGAAGAGGCGGAUUCUGGAGAGAGCGCAGGCUGAGAUAUCGAAAAUACGGCACGGUGAUGACGAGGAGAAUGAUGUCUCUGCUGAGAAUGCUAGUGCCUGAUGUAUUGAGACAUAGUUAUCUUUCUGUAAUGUUAAUUAGCAUUUUGACUGCUACCUGCUGUUGUAUAGCACUGGAGGCCUUUUGCCUCUGAUUUUUAUCUUAUGAGGCAGUAAUAUUGCUGGAGAUGUUGAAUUCCUUAAUAAUAGAAGAAAUGACAAAAUUAAGUGGAUCAUUCCUGCUGUU